AUGGUUAAACGUUUCAAAUCACUACUUCGUUUUGACUGCUUUUCUAUUGGAACAACUUCAUCAAAAAAGUACUUUCCUGAGGAAAUACUUGUGGAAAUCCUCAUCAGGUUACCUGUUAAGUCUCUUGUUCGAUUCAGAUGUGUAUCGAAAUCUUGGAAGACGUUAAUCUCAGAUGAAUACUUUAAGGCGAAGCAUUGCAAUCAUGCGAAGAAGAAUAAAAAAAUUCUCAUUGCCCGAAUGUUGUUUGAUGAUGUUGGUAUUGGUCAUUGGGAUUUCAGUUGUUCUUAUUACAGUUGUUGUUUAUCUUCACCAUUAUCAUCUGCUAGACCAUUACAAAAGCUUGGUUGCCCAUCAAACCAUAAUGGUUAUAAUAAAAUAUGUUGUUGUGAUGGUUUGUCUCUUCUUCUGUGUCCUUCUGGUGGCUAUUUACUGUGGAAUCCAUCCACAAAUGAAUCAGUACAUUAG